AUGGACAGCCUAAUCGCAGAAUUGACCAAAUCCUUCGCGGGCCUCACCUUGACCUCACCUAACAAGCAGAAGACAUCGUUCUUGGAACUCCCACAAGAGCUGCGCGACAUGAUCUACGAAUUCGCGUACAGCGGCAGAGAAAUCAUCGAUCGCGGCGAUGUUGACCACAAAGGCACGCAUGUGGCCCGCCCUGGAAGAAAGGUCACUAGCUAUCCUGCCGCUCUCCUGACUGUCUCCAAGCAGAUUCGACUCGAAGCUAGUCCUUACUACUACAAGCUCUGCACCUUCCACUUCGAAGGGCGCGACGCAACGUACUACUGCUUUGCAUUCAUCAAGGCGCUCGAGCCGCAGUAUCGGAAUCUCCUACAAGACGUGCGUGUGCAUUCCCACGGACAAGUGCCUAGUGGCUACGAUCCCUUCAUCCACUCGUCAAUAGGAUUCAUUGAUGGUCAUAAGCUGCGUUCAGUCCAGUGGCAUUGGCGUCAUCUGCAAGAUUGCAUUCGUAACGCGUCAAUAUUGAUCGCGAAGGAUGUGCUGAAGACUAGGCUGGAGAUUGUGAGCUGGGACCAUGAGCAGAUCAGAGACUUCUGGUGUAGUGAUCCGACUAUAGCAGGGCUGGGAUGUACUAGAUUCGAGCGAGGCUACGAUCAGUACAAGGGUCUUGAUUAA